AUGGAGACCGCAGCUCGAUCCCUGUUGAAGGGUUACUUUUGCGCUGGUGCAGAUCUCUAUGUGCAGAACUCAAACAGUGGCUUUAUGGAACAUGGGCUAAUGGCUCAUGGAGAAAUUCUGACAGGUGCCUAUCCCCUACCACGCCAGGACAUACCCGACCAUGUACCUAGCGAGUUCGCUGAUGAGUCCAUUGCUGCUGUUGGGACCCUAUUUGCUGAGCUCAUCACUGUCAAAAACGACCUUAGGUCACCGUACAGACGAUCGGAGGAGGGUUACUAUGCCCAAUAUCAAGAAAGGUCGGCGACUGCAUCUCAGAAAGCGUUCCACCUGAUCUGCCGACACACCGAUACCCUGUCGCUUUGGAUUGACACCGAGUUGAACCGUUUGGAUGACAUUGUUAGACUGGAUAAAGAGAGACUCCGCAUAGAGCAAUUGCGCCGUGAUGGUGCUCCCUGA